UCCGCUCGUUUCCUUUGCGCGCUGCUGGAAGUUCUUUCUCCUGGAAAUGGCGAACAAGCUCAUUAGGGAAAUGGGUCUACCUGGAUCAAUAGCCAACGUCUUCGCCGCUCGUAACAUCAUCACUGCCAAGGAUGCACUAUCGUUGAGUGAGUUUGAGUUGAUGGAACUGUUGGACAUGGGACUGGAAGAAGUGGCAUUGGCAGUGGCGCACAUUAGUGAAAUUUCAUGCCCACCCUAUCAGACGGCCUUGUCACUGCUAGACCAAAAAAACCAAAAUGAGCACUUCACGGGCCAUUUACCAACGCAUUUAAAAGGACUUGAUGCAGCCCUCUGUGGUGGAAUACCAUCUGGUGUUGUGACGGAAUUGGUUGGUCCUGCAGGAAUUGGCAAAACACAGUUUUGCAUGAAGCUUGCUUUAUUGGCAUCGUUGCCUACUUCGUAUGGAGGCUUAGGUGGCUGUGUAAUGUAUAUUGAUGUUGAAUCCAAAUUUAGUUCAAGAAGGAUGAUUGAAAUGGGGAUUAGUAGUUUCCCUGAGAUAUUUCGCAUGGAAGGCCUGGCUCAAGAGAUGGCUGGUAGGGUUCUAAUUUUGCGACCAGAAUCAUUAUCUGAUUUCACUGAAAGCUUGCAACAAAUAAAGGUUUCACUCCUCCAGCAUCAUGUAAAACUGCUUAUUAUUGACAGCAUGGCAGCUCUUAUGUCUGGAGAAUAUGAUCAGGGAGCUCCUAGACACCACCACUUAGGUUGGCAUAUAUCAUUUAUCAAGUCACUAGCAGAGUUUUCUCAGAUUCCUGUGGUGGUGACUAAUCAAGUGCGAUCUCAAGGCCAUGAUGAAGUUCCCCAAUAUUUAUUCCAAGUGCAGUGCAGAGAUGAAACUGUAGAGGAUCCUCCCAAAUUUGAUUCUCAUCUUGUUGCUGCUCUCGGGAUUAAUUGGGCUCAUGCUGUCAGCAUUCGUCUUGUGCUAGAAUAUCGAUCAGCACAAAGGUUUAUAAAGAUAGCAAAAUCGCCGAAAUCACCAUCUGUAGGAUUCUUUUUCAACAUAACGGCAUGCGGGAUUUCAUUGCUGAAUGAUGAGAGCACAGAAAUACUUGGGCCGGAAGCCAACACAAUACACAGUCAAGGUAGCAUAAUUAAUUAUUAACACAAUGGCCGUUUGGAGGAUGAACACUGGAGGUACCGAGGCUUUUUAUGUUCAUGUCCUAUGCAAGUAGGUGUAGAGCCCACGCAGUAUGAUCCGAACAACAGUGUACAGAAGCAGAUAGAGCUGGUAAUUUCAAUCACAGGUGCAAUAAUUAGUCUCCAUGUUUAUGAUUUUGUUUGAAUAUGCAUGCAAACAAGUGGUUCAUCGUUAUCUUCCAAAAUUUAUCGAACCUCCUCUCAACUCCUCAUUGUUGAAAAUAACAAACUUAUUUUCGUAAACUUAAAACAAAAUGUGGACUCCUUUACACUGUAUCUGUAGCAGUUAUUAGAUUGAACAACCAGAAUCAAGUUUCACCAGAAUUAUUUACCCAUUGCCAUACUUUAGAU